GCAGCUGCAUUCAUGGUUUUCAGGUUUGUGACAGGCAGGAUUGGCAAGUGAUUUGCGGACAGCUUCGUAUUGCCAAGGCGAAUCACAAUGCAGCAACUUCGAUCAGUAGAAGUACGUGAUUACUUGAACCUUCAAUCGAGCGGGGAGUUGCUCAACUCUUUGGCCAGUGUAGGUGCAAGGACCGAGAAGAUCCUGUAUAGCGCUAAUGUGGAAAAGGUGAAGCGAAAGUGGUUCAUACCAGAGAAACAGGUUCUCCUUAUCACGAAUAAAGCAGUGUACAGUCUGAUUGGCAAAGCCUUGGAAAUAAAACAUCGCAGUUUGCUUACCAGCCUUCAAAAGAUUAUCAUCGGAAAGCAGGGUUCGACCCAGCAGUUCUUGCUGUUUAUUGCCGAGGGCUCAGACGUGUAUGACUUGCACUUUGCAAGCGCCAAUGUAACAGAAAUCGUCAGAAUCUUACAUGCUGCACAACGCUUUGCCAAUCACACACCAACUCCUUUCGUUAUGCAAGAAGAAAAGGAUCUCAAGAAAUUUCGCGUUAACAAGACGGACGCUUCACAUAUGUCCCUGAGUCAGACAAUCAGGGACUUCACCUCAACAACGAGGCGCAAGUCUGUGACUGCGUUUUCUGAAUCGGACGAGGAAGUUGAUCUGAGUAGCUUUGAGGUGCUUAAAGUCCUAGGAACUGGAGCCUCCUCAAAGGUCUUCCUUGUUCGGAAAAAAUCUACAGGAAAAGUAUACGCCAUGAAAACACUUCUCAAAGAAGCCGUUAUUGCCAAUCAGCAAGUAGAGCGUGCCAAGUCAGAGAGACAAAUACUCGAGGCCUUACAGCAUCCUUAUCUGGUAUCUUUACGCUACGCAUUUCAAACAGAAAACAAGCUGUUCAUUGUGCUGGACUACCUCAAUGGUGGGGAGCUCUUCUUCCACCUAAAAGAAUCAGGAAGGUUUGAUGAGGAUAGGACGAGGUUCUAUGCUGCAGAGAUUAUUCUGGGAAUCGGGCAUCUACACUCCCUUGGAAUUGUCUACAGGGACUUGAAGCCUGAAAAUAUUCUGCUGGACAACACAGGACAUGUCAAAAUCACUGAUUUCGGACUAGCCAAGACUAUUGUUGUCAAUAGUGCCGCAAGUGGAAUUCGAGAAUCGUUCGUUGGAACACCGGAAUAUAUCGCGCCCGAGAUUGUGAGGCGGUGUGGACAAGGGCGUGCUGUAGAUUGGUGGAGUCUCGGAAGCAUGAUAUUCGAAAUGUUGCACGGAUUGCCUCCGUUUUACGAUCCCGAUCCGAAUAAGAUCUACAAAAAGACGCUCUUCCAAGCAGUGGAGUUUCCUGCUACCUUCUCUCCUGCUGCAAAACAUCUCCUCGGCCAGCUUCUGGAAAGAAACCAGGAUUUGCGCCUAGGCGCUGGAGAUAGAGAUGCAGAAGAAAUCAAAGAGCAUCCUUUCUUCGCUUCAAUCGACUGGGCUGCACUUUACAACAGAGAAAUUCCAGCUCCUUUUGUACCCAACGUCAAAGGACCAGAAGACGUCGGAAAUUUUGAUCCAGAGUUUACCUCAGAACGGAUCAGAGAAUCGAUGAUUGUGACGGGAGAUCAGAAGCCACAGAGAGUCAAUGACAGCAGGUUUGCAGGAUUCUAUUAUUCUCCUGCGAAUCUCGGUGACCAUCCUGUUGCAAAUGCCGAAUGUGCUCCUGCUGCGGCUGAUUUGGCAGCUUGAGUCGCAUCCAAGAUAGACCGGAACACAUUUUCUCCAAGCAGUGGAUAUGUCAAUGAGAUCAUUAUUGUCAUUUCAAAGCUAUCAGAAAGUUCAAAAAUAUUAAUAGUAGCAAAAAUCUACCUGCAAAUACAUGAAGUGCGAUCUAGCCAUCCUCAUCGUCAAAGUCAAGGCUUCCAUUGCUCAAGAUACCUAUCAGAAUAAGAUAAGCAUUCACCUAAUCGCACGCAGAGAUGAAACUAUUCAACAGAAUAUAAGAGCUGCAUUGCCUUAUCUGAGAAUUAGAUUCAAGUUUGCGGAGCUUUCUGUUCA